GUUUGUAUAGUUUUGCUUCGUGAACCGCGUGUCGAGAAGUGUUGAAAAAUUAUAGAUUUAGAAUUUGGCAUUUUUAAUUGCUUUAGUGAAGAAGAUGGAUCUGAUGUUAAGUAAUUUUAUCGUCGACGACCCUCAGGUUGUAUCCCGCCAAGUACAGGGGAUCAGAGCAAGUGCCAAAAAAGGAGAAGUUUCUAUAAAAUUUACUAAAACACAACCUGCUAAAGUUGUUGUUGCUCGAAAACGAAAUACUUCAAAUGAAACUCAGAGCACGACUCGUAAAAAGGUUGAGAAAAUACCACCACGAGACACUAAUCAAUCAACAUGUCAGGCUUCAAACGACAAAACGCUCAAUGAUUCAGUAAACAAAAAAAAGAAACAACCUUUAACAAUCAACGGGACUCGCAACUGUGUUCCUAGAGAAGAUAAAAACGCCGGGAUCUCAAAAAUCGUUCCAGCCAAGAUACAACUUCCGCAAAUACGUCCGGUACAAGAAAAGUUGUUCAGCCAACAGACAUUUGCAGAGCUAACUAUUCACCCAUACUCUAAGAAAAAUAUUGCUGAUCUGCUAAAUUUUAAACAGCUCACUAUGGUUCAAUCCAAAGCAAUACCUGUUUUACUUAAUGGAAAUGAUGCACUUAUCCGCGCCCAAACUGGUUCUGGUAAGACUCUCGCUUAUGCUUUGCCUUUGGUUGAAAGUUUACACGAGAUGAGACCACAAAUUAAUCGCACCGACGGUAUAAGGGCUAUAAUAAUUGUUCCAACGCGUGAGCUUGCUGUGCAAACGUACGAGUUACUACAAAAGCUAUUGAAGCCGUUUACUUGGAUCGUUCCUGGUUACUUGACCGGAGGUGAGAAACGUAAAACUGAGAAGGCAAGACUUCGCGCUGGUUUAAAUAUACUUGUUGCUACACCUGGGCGCUUCUGCGACCACAUUCGUAAUACAGAAUCACUUAAGCUCGAUUCUAUACGGUGGCUCAUCCUAGAUGAAGCUGAUCGAUUGCUUGAAUUAGGAUACGAAAAAGAUGUAAAGGAAAUAAUCGACGCGAUCCAUAAUGGUCAAGAAGGGAACAGUGAAAACGAGCAACAUAAGAUACAAACUGUACUGUUAUCUGCUACAUUAACCACGUCGGUAAAGGAGUUAGCAGGUUUAACACUAAACGUUCCAGAGUUUAUCGAAACGUGUGAGGUUUUGCUGAAUGAGAGUCCUUCCACUACUGGUGCUAUCUCGAAAUGCACCGAUCAGCUUCUAAACGUUGAAGAAUGUGUUUCCAUCCCGGGAACAGUGAAGCAGCGGUAUCUAAUAACUCCUCCGAAAUUGCGGCUGGCAACCUUAAGUGCAUUAAUUGUAACCGAGCAGCGUAAAAAACCUUCAAAAUUACUUAUUUUCAUGGCAACUCAAGAUCUGGUUGAUUUUCAUUACAAUGUAAUGAUGGAAGUACUCACUUUGCAAAAGUUUGGCACUAAUAAUGAAAAUGCCUUAAGUGAUGAUGAACAAGAUACGCGCAUCACUGCUGAUAACAAAGAUGAUUUCGAUAAAAAUGUAUUGUUGCCUGGAUUGAAAUUUUACAAACUCCACGGUCGCAUGACACAAAUUGAACGAAGUUCAGUUUUCCAAUCCUUUCGGAAAUCAACCGCAGCCGUUCUAAUUUGUACGGAUGUGGCAGCUCGUGGUAUCGACAUACCUUCAGUCGAUUUAGUUGUGCAGUAUCAUGCGCCACAAAUACUGGCUGACUAUGUACACCGUGUGGGCCGGACAGCACGAGCAGGUGAAUCUGGUAGAGCGGUCCUAUUUAUCGAACCAUCUGAAAUGGAUUUCGUUAUGUAUUUAGCAAAUAAGCAAAUAAGAAUUCAAGAAAAGGAUGCUAAGGGGGUAAUAAGACAUUUUUGUCAAUUGCUGAACAGAGAAAAAAAAUUCAAUUCCAAAUUAAAAGAUCAUGCGGCAAUCGAGCUCCAGCAUCGUUACGAGCAGUUAAUCCAUAGAGAAGAUGAAUUGUUUGACUGCGCAAAAAAAGCCUUCCUUUCGUGGGUACGAUACUAUUCAAACUUUCCUAAAGAGUUGAGGAACAUUUUUUACAUAAAAGCUGUGCACAUUGGCCACUAUGCAAAGAGUUUGGGUCUACGUGAUGCUCCAAAACAUUUGCUACAAUUCGAUAAUGGCGAUAAAAAAGAAGUUGGAGACCGAAAAGACGGAAUGCAACGUCGCACCAACCGGCUUAACACCUUAAAAACUAACGGCUUAUUGGCAAGGAAAAAUGAUAAUUCACGGUCCUUAAAACAUUGGCGAAAGAAUUCAGGACAGACGAAUACCAAAACUAUGAUAGAUUUUUCGAAACGAUCGCGAGUUCUUAACAUUUCUGAGUUUGAUAGUGGUAUUAGUCCUUCUCGCAAAAAAAUGAAAAAAAUAUAGAAAAGAUAAAAUUAUUGCCACAUUAAAUUGUAUACAUUGAGUAAAUUACAAUAAAAUC